GGGGCCGUGGGGGCGACGCCGGGGCUGUCGCCGCUCAGCACAGGAAACCCCGGCUGCGGCCGCAGGCGAGCGUCUCGAAGCACCGCCAGCAUGCAUCUGUUACCCUUUUCAGAUUCAUUUUAUGUUGAUCCGCUCGUCCCUCCUCCCUCAUCUCCCUGGUUCCUUCUCCCUCAUCACGUUUUACAGCACUUGGAACUCGCCCUUUUCCUCUCCGGGUGGUAGCUACUCAAACCUUAGAGAAGGGAUGUAUAUUCCGAAACUUCUGUGGGUUUCUAAGUAAUCCUGGGCAUGCUCAGUAGCUAGGACAAGUUUUGUCGCCAGCAGCUGCCCUGAUUCGACCUCCCGCAAAUGAGACGUUUAACUCUUGGAAGUCCUGUCUAAAGCGUAAGUCAUUUUGUCCUCUUGCUACGGGUUCAAAGGGAAGCAGCGAGGAGCCCGAGGUCCCCGCGCGCUCACAGCCAAUGAGGAGCCUGAGAGGGAGGAGCGUGGGGCGGCUCGGGCUUCCCAGGGAAUCGGCCCCAGCGGAUGCGCGGAGUCUGGGCUCUGCUGCAUCUGUCACAGCAGAGCAAAAUUAAAAUCAAAACAAAAACAAAAUACAGAAGAGGAGGAACGCCGCAGACUAUGGAACGCCGUAGAACUUCCUGAAGCAUUUGCUGGGGAUCCCCGUGGAGCACGAUCUUUUAAAACCAAUUCUUUUUGAAGCCGGUUGGGUACCUGGGAAAAUGACAAAUAUGCUAAAUGCAGCAGCCGAUCGGGUGAAAUGGACCAGAUCGAGCGCUGCUAAAAGGGCUGCCUGCCUGGUGGCCGCCGCGUAUGCUCUGAAAACCCUCUAUCCCAUCAUUGGCAAGCGUUUAAAGCAGUCUGGCCACAGGAAGAAAAAAGCAGUAGCUUAUCCGCCUGCAGAGAACAGAGAAAUACUGCAUUGCACCGACACCACUUGUAAAAAUCCUUCUCCCGGAGUGAAUGCAGAUUUUUUCAAACAGCUACUAGAACUUCGGAAAAUUCUCCUUCCAAAACUUGUGACCACUGAAACGGGGUGGCUCUGCCUCCACUCGGUGGCUCUAAUCUCAAGAACCUUUUUGUCUAUCUAUGUGGCCGGUCUGGAUGGAAAAAUCGUGAAAAGCAUUGUGGAAAAGAGGCCUCGAACUUUCAUCCUCAAACUGAUCAAAUGGCUCAUGAUUGCCAUCCCCGCCACCUUUGUCAACAGCGCGAUCAGGUACCUGGAGUGCAAACUGGCUUUAGCCUUCAGAACGCGCCUAGUAGACCAUGCCUAUGAAACUUAUUUUACCAACCAGACCUAUUACAAGGUGAUCAAUAUGGAUGGGAGGCUGGCAAACCCUGACCAGUCUCUUACUGAAGACAUCAUGAUGUUCUCCCAGUCUGUGGCUCACUUGUAUUCCAAUCUGACCAAACCUAUUCUGGAUGUAAUCCUGACCUCCUACACUCUUAUCCAGACCGCUACAUCCAGACGAGCGAGCCCGAUUGGGCCCGCGGUAUUGGCAGGGCUCGUGGUAUAUGCCACUGCCAAAGUGUUAAAGGCUUGCUCUCCCAAAUUUGGUAAACUAGUGGCUGAAGAAGCUCAGAGAAAAGGCUAUUUGCGGUAUGUGCACUCCAGAAUCAUAGCCAAUGUUGAAGAAAUUGCCUUUUACAGAGGACAUAAGGUAGAAAUGAAGCAACUCCAGAAAAGUUACAAAGCUUUAGCAGAUCAGAUGAACCUCAUUUUAUCCAAACGUUUGUGGUACAUCAUGAUAGAACAGUUCUUGAUGAAGUAUGUGUGGAGCAGCAGCGGACUGAUUAUGGUGGCUGUGCCUAUUAUCACUGCAACGGGCUUUGCAGAUGGUGAUCUAGAGGAUGGCCCCAAACAAGCUAUGGUUAGUGAACGGACAGAAGCCUUUACCACCGCUCGAAAUUUACUGGCCUCUGGAGCUGAUGCUAUUGAAAGGAUUAUGUCUUCAUACAAAGAGAUCACCGAAUUAGCAGGCUAUACCGCUCGAGUGUAUAACAUGUUCUGGGUCUUUGAUGAAGUAAAGAGAGGCAUUUAUAAGAGAACUGCUGUCAUGCAAGAGUCUGAAAACCACAGCAAAAAUGAAGCUAAUGUACAUUUACUCCUCAGUGACACAUUAGAAAUCAAAGGAGAAGUAAUUGAUGUGGAUCAUGGAAUUGUUUGUGAGAAUGUUCCCAUAAUCACACCGACAGGAGAAGUGGUGGCUUCCAGGCUAAACUUCAAAGUACAAGAAGGAAUGCAUCUUUUGAUAACUGGUCCCAAUGGUUGUGGGAAGAGUUCCCUCUUCAGAAUUUUAAGUGGGCUCUGGCCUGUGUAUGAAGGAGUCCUCUAUAAACCACCGCCUCAACAUAUGUUCUAUAUUCCACAAAGGCCGUACAUGUCUCUUGGAAGUCUCCGGGAUCAAGUCAUUUAUCCCGAUUCAGUGGGUGACAUGCAUGAUAAGGGCUACACAGACCACGAUCUGGAAUGUAUUCUGCACAAUGUCCACCUCUAUCACAUAGUUCAGAGAGAAGGAGGCUGGGAUGCUGUUGUGGACUGGAAAGACGUCCUGUCAGGAGGGGAAAAGCAAAGGAUGGGCAUGGCUCGCAUGUUUUACCACAGACCAAAAUAUGCAUUGCUAGAUGAAUGUACGAGUGCUGUCAGCAUUGAUGUUGAAGGAAAGAUAUUCCAGGCUGCAAAAGGGGCUGGCAUUUCCUUACUGUCUAUAACACACAGGCCUUCUCUUUGGAAAUACCACACUCAUUUAUUACAGUUUGAUGGUGAAGGAGGUUGGCGCUUUGAGCAAUUGGAUACUGCUAUCCGUUUAACACUGAGUGAAGAAAAGCAAAAGCUAGAAUCUCAGCUAGCUGGAGUUCCCAAAAUGCAACAGAGACUCAAUGAACUGUGUAAAAUUUUGGGAGAAGAUUCAGUGCUGAAAACAAUAAAAAAUGAAGAUGAGACAUCCUAAUUCGUAUUGACAUGUUAAAAAAGUUAAUUUUUAGGUAAAGGCUCAGAAAUACCCUAUCAUAGUGCAUGCAUUGUGUUAAGAUAAGCACAGAGAAGAAAAGACAGCAAGAAUGUUUUACAAGAUUUUAGCAUCAAGGAAAUAUAUGAUCUGCUUUUUCAGAAGAAAAUAAACAAAUGCAUUAUGUAAGAUUAGUCAUUAUGGCUUAUACUAAUUCACGUGUAAAGCAGGAUUUUCUAGGUGAAUUCAUGAUGUUACCAGAUUUACUAUAUAUAUAUAUAUAUGAUCUGUCUGAAAUUCCUAACAAACAUGGGGUAUCUUGAGAUUGGAACAAUUUAAGAGCAGCAUUUGGGUUGAAACCAGGUGCAUAAAAUUAGAAGUUUGAGUAACAUUUCCGUCCACUUAUGGUUAUUGAGUUUAAUAGCUAAAAUUCAUGUUCAUCAUUGCUAGUGCUCAACUAAACCUGUAUGCAAAAUAGCUGACAAUUAGGUAAAUAAUUUCAAUCCGAAAAAAAAUAUUUUAAUGGCAUUGGUUGAAAAGAAGCAUGUCUAAAUGCCAUUUUAAAAUUUUAGAUUUUUUUUGAGCAUCUUAAUGUGGGCGCAUGAUCAAUUAGUUUUAAUGAGAACUUUACACAUUUCUUAAUAAACUCAUUUUAAAAGAGGAUUGCCAAUACAGAAAAGGAAUAUCCAAACAAAAUCUCACCUGUUACUUUGCUUGGCAGCAUUAUUAUUGCAACUUCUGUCCAGAAAUACUCAGCUUGUUUUUGUGUUCAGAGGAGGAUUCCACCACAUUUUUAAAACUGCAGUGCUAAAAUAGAAAAUGAGGAUUCUCACAAUCACAGUAGUAAUAACAUACUUUGGACUACUGCUUUAAAAGUCACAGUAGUCAUUCACAUCGUUUCAUUUUAAUCCUUGCAGCCAUCUUUUGUGGCAGAUCUUAUUCUUCCUGGCUUGCUUUUGAGAAUAUUAACCCUCAGACUAAUUAUCUAGAAAUCAAAUGAAAUUCUUCCAAUUCCCUGACUCAGUGCUAUUUCCACUAUUGUCCUUGAAAUCUAACUAGAUUUUUAUCAAUAAAAAUCAGAUGAGGUGUUGAAAAAGAAAAUAAAGUUGGAAAUGGUAGCAUUAUUGUUAUUUGGUUUUUGUUUAUAAAAUAUGGCAAUUAAGUACAAUGUGGAAAGGUUAUUGGCCUGUGGUUUAAAACAAGCCAAGCCAGUUAGCAAAACUUUGAGCAACUAUGCACUUAUACUCAAUAAUAAUGUACCUCUACAGCUGGCAAUCAGAAAAGAAAUUAACUGUGUUCUAGGCAAAUGUAAUGUUUAUUGAACAAAAUGAGAAACAGGCUGUAUGGAAUAGUUUAUGAAAUAAAGCUUGUCUACUCGUGUUUCCUGGAGUUGGAAGUACAGAAGCCAGGGCAAGCAUUUUAAUUUCCUAUUUCCUAUGCCACCAUGUUGACAGGUCGGGAAAAAUGGGAAUGAUCAGUUGUUAGUUGUUUAGGAUUUUAUUUGCAUAUUUAGGCACAACCAUAAUCGAUGCUUAGUCAGUGAUUCUCAUACUUUUUCAGUUGGUAGCGUACCUGGAAGUCACUCACGAUGACUGUCAUUCUUGUGGCACUUUCACAUUUUAAGUUCUGCCUUGCUAAGUAGAACAUUCUUCAUUAUAAAUAAAUAUAACCAUCUUAUAUAAAGGAAUGCUAUAUAAAAGCAUAAUUCCUACAUCUAAAUUCUUCUGUUAUUACCAUUAGCUACUCAUUUGACUGUUACUACUACUUCCUAUUAGAAAUGUGAGGCAUGUAUCUAAGGUUCAAAGAAAUGUAUGAAACCAAAUUAAAUUUGGUAAAAAUUACUCUUUAACCUAUAUUAGCAGUAAUCCAGUUUAUACUGCUAAGGGGAAAAGUCUGAGGCAAAUGCCUUAACUUACAAGGUACAAGAAGUAAAUGAAAAGUCCUCAUUUGAAACAUGUACAUGAUUUUCAUAAUUUGAAAAAAAAGAUUUAGGACCCAGUAUAUUGUGUUUUGAAACUUUGAAAAGAAUGCCAAAACAAACAUUAGAUUUCUGAUUAGCCCUUAUUUAACACACCCUAUCAAUGAGCUGAAGUAAAUAAGACUCAUUAUUUAUACUGUAUAGGAUUCAAUGAUGUUUAAAAUUCUGUACUCAAAAUUAUAUACACUGCAAUUUAAAUAUCAAGGGUUAAAGAAGAACAUGUUUUCCAGGAACUUUUUUGUGCCUGUUUAUUUUCUGAAUUUUCUUCCAGGACCAAUAUCCUCUGAGUUGCAGGGGGAAAAUUUUUGUGAUUUGAAUUUGUAUUUAUGCACCAUUUAUCUGUUUGCAGAAUGGUCUGAUAAAUGUACCAUUUUUUGCUAUUCUUACAGUUAUAUUUUAGGAAAAACAUGAACAUGAUUGAGAGACUAAAUAGCUAUUCCUGAAGAUAUCAAGGAUUAGAUGAGAAAGGAAAAAGAGGGGAUAUUUCAGUUUUAAGGUAUUUCUACUAUGUUAUCUAUUUGCCUAAACUUUUGACUUCUGUUUUUUGUUUUUGUCAAAGAAAGCUAUAAUCAUAUGGAGAUUGAUCUUUAAAUGUGCAUUUUUUGGGUUAACUUUUAAGCUUGGAAAAUAAGUUGCAUUCUAUAAAAAUGUUGCAUUAUAUUUCUUCAGCAUGGAGAAAUGUUAUGCCAUGCAUGACUAAAAUGGUGUGUGCUCUUACAAACAAGAUAAUGUGUAAAAAUCCCUCUCCAGUCAUCUCAAACAGAAUGAUAAAUCCUGAAAUUCAAUGCAAGUUCACGUUUGUUUACAAUGGGAAUGUUUUUCCCUUAAUAGUAAUAUGGUUUUUCUGCCAAAUUUUGCUCUGCCUGUAAAGGUAUAAAUGAACAUGUCAGUUUUUUUUAUCCGAGACUUUGGUUCCAAGUACAACUUCAUUUUUGGCAAUAGGCUGAGCCUGUUAAAGUCUGUUUGGAAUAGUUUUUGAUUCCAUAAGCCUAGAAAAAUGUGUUACACAUUGGAACCAAAACCCAGAGAAUAUUACACACUUCUGAGCUAUGCAGAAAAUGGUGGUGAUUACUCAGCCAUUGAUUAAAAGACAUGCCUUUGGUAAAAUUGUGGGCAGAAAUUACUCUCAUUUAGAAGUAUGAAGUACUUAUGCUGAUACACAGGUAUGUCAGCUGUGUUUUAGAAUUGUAAUGUUUGCCACAUGAGAACUUUCAGAUGGAUGUAUAAAAUAUUUUUAUUAAAAGCAAAUUCCUUCUUCA